AUGGCGGACGCCCGCUCGGACUGGGCUGAUCGCCCAGCCUCCGAUCUCGCGUCAUCAUCGGAUGAGGAGGAUUUCGUCUCCAGCCAAAGCACUGCCUCUGCGGAACCCGAUGGCCUUGCAAAACAUGACCUCUCGACUGCGCUCGGCACACUGAAUUUGCACCAGGCAUCGAGCCGUAGCUCUGAUGAACACAACUCCACUCGGACCUCGACGCCUGGCACCGGAGCGUCGAUGGAGACCACGUCGGACACAGAGACGAGCAGGAAACCAAUGCAGCUUCUGGAACUGCCGUUAGAUGUCCUCAAGGACAUCAUCAAAGAGGUUACGCAUACGAAUGACCUUACCUCGCUGGCUUUGACGUGCUCUACCCUCCAUUCCCUCACUGUUCCGCAUAUGUACUCCCGCUUCGAUAUCGUCUGGCCUGAAUCGCUAAACCCGACCACCGAGGAUUAUUCCGGAGUGGAUGCCUUGUCAUAUGGGUUGUCGACUCUGGUUAUGGGAGAGGAUGUCUUUCAUCAACUUGCAUUCCUCAGGAAUGAUAGAUCGACAUGUGCAUGUUCACGCUGCGGCUGUGAUGACUAUGGACAUCAAUCUUCCCAGACGCCUGAAUCGAGAUUCGGGGUUCAGCCGCGACGAGGAAAUUAUUACGCGCAGUACACUCGGACAUUCUCCAUCGGAAAUGGUCCCCUCAGUUGGGUUCAGGAAUACUCGGUGAACAGAGAAGUGGGCAAGAUGCUGGGCACACUGGUUGCCUUGGCUGUAGCGCGGAUGGUCAAUCUCGAAGCGUUCGUCUGGGACAUGCCAACGGGCGUAGUUCGUGAAAUCUGGCUCGCGCUUGCUUCACUUGCAGACCGACCAGGCCACCGUUGUCGCCUGGAACGCGUCUGGGUGCGUUGGCACGAUAACUCGGAAAAUGCCCUGCGCAUGUCGAGUACGCCAACUUCGACGCUGACACCCGCAAGCCGUCCACUACAAAAAUACAAGCAUGUGGAACACCCUUCUUUGUCUGUGCUGCCACCGCUCAAGAGUGUGGCUGUUCUUGACAUAGAUGAACCGGCUUAUGUGGAGGAGCUUGGUGUUCUCAUUGAACGAUCCCGCCGUCAGUUGGUGGAACUGCGCAUUGGCAUUGCCAUGAAGGCACAUAUGGCUCCCUGGGUAAUUUGUAAAAAUGAGACUGAUCUGCUUUGGGAGUCCCUGAUGGGCUGGCCGAAGGCUGGUGGGAUUCUCAGUAUUCUUUCCAAACGUGAGCCCAAGACUCAACAGGUUGAGAAUGUCGCAGCCUCCUCAGAUGAUGGCUUUGCAUCAUCGGAUCCUUCAGCACCAUUAUGUCAAAAUCAACCCAAAAAUGGGACUUCUACACAAACGACAAGCUUACCGCAAGCUCCCAACCAACCCAAUGGGGUGCCGCACUCAGCAAGCCCUCUUUCGCCACCUACACGACCUCAUCUGCCAGGUUUCUUCGCUCAGCCUAGUGACGAAAAGCUGAAUCUUGAAGUCCUUGAACUGGAGCGUGUCCCUCUCUCUAUCCCAACUCUCCUGCCAGCCCUGGACUGGACUCGUCUCACCACUCUUACCCUGAUGCGAUGCGACGAUCAUGAGAACCUCUGGAGGGCUCUCCGUCGGAAGUAUGCACCGCCAGCGAUGCCGCCAAAGCGACCGCAGAGCGGAAACCAGCCACGACAAAGUUUCAGUACACCUAGCGUACCGGAAUACUCGCUUAAAAUCAAACAUUUGCGGACCGACACCGUUUCUCCAUAUCUCAUGCUAUUCAUCAAAGAUACUCUGGCACCAAAUACAUUGGAGAGUGUCUAUCUGAAUGAAGGAGCGGGCUAUGAAUCUUCUGUUCAUAUUGAUGCCAUCUACAGGCACAUUCUUCGAAAACACCGUCUAAGCCUGCGAAAUGUUUCGAUUGAUGCCUCUGAAAGGUUUGGGAUCUCAGAUAAUCGGCAUGGUAACGUGGAUUCUAUGAGCCAUCGCUGGCACAAGUGGAUGUUUAAUCACGAAAUGAUCUCGUUCGUAACAAGCGGGCGGAUGCCGCAGCUGAGAGAGCUGGGAAUGGCGAUGCAUUAUCGAGACUGGCACUAUUUCCUGCAGAGACUCCCGCACAUGCCCCAGCUCCGUGCCUUGUACUUGCUUAACAUAAGCCACAGCCUGCACCGCGAUCUCAAAGAGCUCGCUUUGCAGGUCCUCGACAUCGUCAGCAUUCGCCCAGAACUAAAAAUCACCUACAUCGGCCUCGAGAUGAAAUGCUACCAAAUCCUGGAAGCAGCCGCCAACGGCACUGACGAGUUCGACGAUCCCCAAGCAAACGACCACUCCACAAUGAAUGGCGAUGACUCUGUCUUUGAUCCCGCCUCUUUGACCGAUGAAGACGACGAGGACGUAGACGGAGGGGAACAGGACCCCGAUCUCCUUUCCAGCGAUCUCUCCGACGACGACUACGACGCUGACCUGGAAGAAAGCAUAUUCCGCGUUCGGUUCAAGCUACAGGAGAUUCUCUUUUACGACGAUAAGAUAUCCAUUUUCAAGGCGCGCCACGGUGUAAUUUGA